GACUGUCAUGGCAGCCUGCAGGAGGUGCAGAAUGGAGAUGGUCAGAUUGUUUAUUCAUCCAAAAUGUCCUAUCUCUCUCAACGCGAAUAUAAUGCAUUUCCUUCGGCUUGGCUCGAAGGCGGCCCGGGGACAUGUCAGGUGCUGCUACCAGAGUGUCUGGAGUAGCCACACAACUGUGAAGAAAGUCGGAGUGGAUCUGGGAGAGAGGAAACUUGAAAUUUCAACAGGCAAGCUGGCUAGGUUUGCAGAUGGUUCUGCUGUAGUGCAGCUUGGUGACACAUCGGUGAUGGUAACAGCAGUCAGUAAAACCAAACCAACCUCUUCACAGUUCAUGCCUUUAGUAGUUGAUUAUCGUCAGAAAGCUGCUGCAGCUGGAAGGAUUCCAACUAACUACCUGAGAAGAGAGCUGAGCACUACAGACAAUGAAAUACUGACAAGCAGACUGAUAGAUCGGGCAAUCAGACCACUUUUUCCCACUGGCUAUUUCUAUGACACACAGGUACUGUGUAACCUUUUAGCAGUUGACGGUGUCAAUGAUCCUGAUGUACUUGCAAUUAAUGGAGCUUCAGCAGCUCUUGCCGUGUCAGAUAUUCCAUGGAAUGGUCCCAUAGGUGCUGUGCGAAUGGGUUUGGUUGAGGGAGAGUUCUUGGUUAACCCAACUCGUAAGGAGAUGUCUUCAAGCACUUUAGAUUUGGUGGUUGCUGGGGGUCCUCAUAGUCAAGUGGUUAUGAUGGAAGCAGCAGGAGAAAAUGUAUUGCAGCAAGACUUUUGCCAUGCAGUCAAACUGGGAGUGAAACAUACGCAACAGAUAAUCCUGGCCAUCCAGCAGCUUGCAAAAGAAUGCAGUGUUUCUAAGAGGACCCCACAGAAACUGUUUGCUGCCGUCACCGAGAUGGUGGAAUACACUAGACAAUUGGCAUCUGAGAAGAUUUAUGCAGUGUUUACAGACUUCUCCCAUGAUAAAAUUUCUCGAGAUGAAGCCAUAAAGAAAAUAAGACUUGAAACAGAGGAGCUGAUAAGAGAAAGAUUUCCAGAUGCCGACCCAUAUGAAGUGAUAGAGUCCUUUAAUACUGUUUCAAAGCAGACUUUUAGAAACAUCACUUUAAAUGAAUAUAGAAGAUGUGACGGGAGAGAUUUGACUUCUCUAAGAAACAUUUCUUGUGAAGUUGAUAUCUUCAAACCUCUUCAUGGAUCUGCAUUGUUUCAAAGAGGGCAGACACAGGUCCUUUGUACUGUUACAUUUGAUUCUUUGGAAUCAAGCAUAAAGACAGACCUAAUAACUACAGCAGUCAGUGGGGUUAAAGACAAAAAUUUUAUGCUGCAUUAUGAGUUUCCUCCAUAUGCAACAAAUGAGAUUGGCAAGGUGAGUGGCAUGAACAGAAGAGAAUUGGGCCAUGGUGCCCUGGCAGAAAAAUCACUAAAGCCUGUUAUCCCCAAAGAUUUCCCGUUCACGAUACGGGUCACAUCGGAAGUAUUGGAAUCGAAUGGCUCAUCUUCUAUGGCUUCUGCAUGUGGAGGGAGUCUGGCCUUAAUGGAUGCAGGUGUGCCAAUUUCAUCUGCUGUAGCUGGGGUUGCAAUUGGCCUCAUAUCAAAACCAAAUCCAGAACAUCCAUCAGAAAUUCAAGAUUACAGAUUACUCACAGAUAUUUUGGGAAUAGAAGAUUACAUUGGAGACAUGGACUUCAAAAUGGCAGGCACAAACAAAGGCAUAACUGCUUUGCAGGCAGAUGUUAAGAUUCCAGGAUUACCACUGAAAAUUGUAAUGGAAGCUAUUCAGCAAGCCACAGUUGCCAAGAAAGAGAUAUUGGGUAUAAUGAAUAAAGCAAUAGCAAAACCAAGACUGAAAAGAAAGGAAAACGGACCAGUUGUGGAAACUGUUUGUGUCCCAAUAUCAAAAAGAGCAAGGUUUGUUGGGCCAGGAGGUUAUAACCUAAGGAAACUGCAGGCUGAAACAGGUGUGACCAUCAGUCAAGUGGAUGAGGAGACGUUUUCUGUGUUUGCACCGACACCCAGCGCUAUGCACGAAGCACAAGAGUUCAUCAGUGAAGUCUGCAAAGACGACCAAGAACAACAGCUAGAAUUUGGGGCUGUAUACACAGCCACUAUUACCGAGAUAAGGGACAUUGGAGUAAUGGUCAAACUUUAUCCAAACAUGAGUGCUGUGCUGCUUCAUAAUUCUCAGCUGGACCAGAAGAGGAUUAAACACCCCAGUGCUCUUGGACUAGAGGUUGGAAAACAAAUACAGGUCAAAUACUUCGGUCGGGAUCCCACAGACGGGAGGAUGAGACUGUCUCGUAAAGUACUCCAAUCUCCGGCAGCAACCAUUGUGAAAACCCUGAGUGACAAAUAUAGUAUUGCAGUGGGAACAAGCAAUUCACAAGUUUCAAACUCUUCUUAAAUCUAGCAUCUACAGCAGUCACAGACAGUGACGAUGUGCAUAAAAAAUGUUUUUGGGGAAAAAAGCCAGAUGUUUCUAGGAAGUGGGGAAGUGUGUAUGUAUGUAUAUGUGUGUAU